AUGAAUCAAUCUAUUAUGUAAAUUAAGCAAUAAAGAAGUAUAUAUUCGAACCAUAAGAAAUAUUCAAAACCAUUACCUUCUUGUGGAUCUAAGCGGAAUGCUACUCUAAUAUAAGAUAGAUCAGUAUUUACAAAAGAAAGAAUAAACAAAAAUCUUAGAAUUUAGAAAAAUAUAUUUGGUGAGUCAAGUUGUUAUUGUGAUUCUUGUGGUAAAAGAUCUACUCUAAUGAAGAAAAUAUUUCAGUUAUAUUAAUUUCCUCAAACCAAGUAUCAUAUUACUCUAAAUAAAUAGAUAAUGGAGAAAACAAAAAUAAAUUCGCAAAUUCAGAAGACUUAUCAAUUGUGUUAUUUUUAUUAUCAGAUAUAGAAUUAUGAAAAGAAUAAAAACAAAAAAGAAAUUCACUAUUAAAAAGGUAUUAACUAAAUAAACAGUCAAUGAACAAUAAUAAAAACCAUCAACUAUUUAGAAUGCUAUUUCGGAACUGAAACAAAUAAUUAUAGUUGAUACUACUUAAUAAUCAAAGAGAAGCAAACCAAAAAGUAAAGAUAAUAAAAAUUCAUACUCUUCGUUACUUAAAGGGAGAAGGAAUUUAAGAUAAUUAUUUUUUAUUCCCUAAUUGGAGAGUCCAAUCAAAUAAUUUAUUAUUAAAAAUUCGAAACCAAAUACUGUUCAUCACUCUCCUAUGUAGUCAUUGUAUGAUUUCAAAAUUUCCUCCUCUUUUAGAGGUUUGUGA